UUCUUUGGACACAGAGAGCUGAAAGAUCUCCAACAACAAUGAAGCUUGCUCAUCCAAGUGUGGCGAACCAUGCGACCAUGAAGCUGGCCUUGCUACUGUUAUUUAUGUUAUUAACCAAUGCUUUCCCAACAGCAGAGGACACUGAGGAGCCAAACCUGGCUCCAUCAGAGACUCGGUCAGCUUUUGCAGCUCUGGAUGAAGUCCGGCUUAUCGCUAAUGGCCUCCUGCAGCUAGGUAAAAACCUGAGGGACUUUGUGCAAAAGACAAAGGGCCAGAUCAGUGACAUCUUGCAAAAGAUCAACAUUUUUGAUAAGUCCUUCAACCAGCUUUCUGUGCUGGCCAGUGAGAUCAAAGAGGAAGAAGAGGAACUGAAGAAGACCACUGUGGUGCUCAAAGCCAAUAAUGAGGAGAUCAAGAGCCUGUCUUUGGAGAUAAACUCCAAAGUAGAGGACAUCAUGAGGGAGAGAAUCCAGCUGUGGAAUCAGGUUGGAGGGCUUGAGCAGAAAAUGAGUGGACUUUCUCAAGGUCUUCUCUCAGCAGAUCAGGUUGCAGAAAUUUCAGCACUAAAAGAGGUAAUCCAAGCCCAAGAAAGGAGUAUCUCAGACCUGCUGAAGGCAGUGAAGGAGCAAAGUGAGCACUUGAAUGACCAGAGAAACAAGAUCAAAGGUCUGGAGAAUAAGCUUAACUCUGCCAGCCUUCAGGAAACUUUGUCUAAGUUUAGUUGGGAUCCCGAAAUCUACAACAUGUCAGAUUAUCUGUCCAACUAUUCCAAUGAUGGAAGCUUUUCAAGUGAUUUCCCGAGAGACUGUGGUGAGGUCUUCAGCAGUGGAGAGAAAACCAGUGGCCUGUAUCCCAUUAAGCCAAAUGUAUCCGAACCUUUCUUUGUGUACUGUGACUUCACAGAGGAGGGAGUGUUCACGGUUAUUCAGCGCAGACAAGGUGGCUCUGUUGAUUUUAACCAGUCCUGGCAAAGUUAUGAGGAUGGAUUCGGAGACUUCAAGAGUGAGUUCUGGCUAGGUCUGAGGAAGAUCUUCUCCAUCACCCAGCAGGGCGGAUCUCUCCUGCGCAUUCAGAUGGAGGACUGGAAACAGGAAAAACAUUCAAUGGAGUUCCAGUACAUGCUGGAAGGCCCUGACUCCAACUACACUAUCCACCUCAAGUCAGGAGAUCUGACCUCAGAUAUGGACAUCCCGACAAGACUGAGGUUCUCCACUAAAGACCACAAUGAUGGAAAUAGCCCCAAAGACCCAAACUGUGCUCAUGAUUAUACAGGAGGCUGGUGGUUCAGCGCUUGUGGAGAUGUCAACCUGAAUGGAAAAUGCAUCCAGAGCCAACCUCGCAGAAAAGGAAUCCAAGGGAAGCACAAUAAAGGACAGUCCCACUUAAAAUCCACACAGAUUUCCAUUCGUCACCGUCAGGAAGCAUAGUCACCCGUAAACCAAAAGAAAUGAUGUGGAAAUGUGCAAAUAUGUGUUCAGAUUUUUAAACCACAUGAAACAUGACUCUGUAAUUCCACAGUGCAGAAAAAUUGAGCAACAUGUUGUCCAUUAAACAAAAAAUCCAAUGUCCAAUUUAUUUCUGAUGGAACACAACACAGGUCUUGCAUUCUUUUUAUUCUUAACAGCUCUGCAUUUACUUUGACAUACCAAACACACACACACAGACACGCACACUUGGUUGGUCAUGCCCGCCCUGUUGGAUGUUUCCAAUAUGGUUUUGUGAUUUUCAUUAGCUUUUUCCAAAGGAAAAAAAAAAUCAUGGCUCUGACAUUUCUCUAAUGAUUAAACAAAGGUUUUGCUGCUUAAGGUGAAUUUUAUUUAGGCUUUUGUUGUUAUGAAGAUCCAGCACUUUUGGCAUUUUGUUUACUUUCUUCUGUUGCUCAUGUGGUUUGCGUUGCAUGUUUUACAUUUCAUGACUCACAAAAUUUCCAUAUGUAUAGAAGACGAUGUUGAUGUGAAACAGACAGAACUCAUGAGAAUAACGAUGCUUUAACGUGGGAUAUUUAAACAUGACACUGAGCAGGAUGGUACAUUAAGUGUUUUUACUUAACCACAUGUUGUUGAAGAAUCUGCUUUCAGCUGCAUCUGUAUGUCAUUUGGAUCCUAUAUUUCACUGAGGAACCGCAGAAUUUUGGCAGUUACUUACAAAUCCUCAGGAUUCCACUCACAUCAAUUUUACAAAUAGUUCUUAAAUAUAUUGUUUUUACAGAAUCGGACUUGCAAUAAAGUUCUUGAAGAGG